UUAGUCUAAACACGUUAAUUAACCCCUAAUAACCUAAUUAGAUCAUUAUUUACUUAAUUCCCCUCAAAUCAAGAUCAUUCUCUCUCAAAUAUAAAACCCAAGCCCUCAAGAAUCAAGAACAAAUCUCAAGAACACUACCAAUGCUCUUGAGUCAAUUUCUCAAUGCUCCGAGAUCAUCUCACAUGCACGCUGCUUUGCAUGUUCUGUGGUAUCUGUCUCAUGCUCCUGAUAAGGUGAAACUUGCACGUGUGAUCACCUGCUUGUGGAUCAUAGUUCCGACCAUUCCUUUGAAUCAAGAUUUAACAUCAUCAGGGUUUACCGAUUUGACACUUGAUCAGUUGAUCCCAGUAGGAACAUCUAAAAUGGGAUUUCAUCAGCUGGAUAACGGAUGGAUAUGCCUAGCUUCAGUUGUUUCAGACCUUGGAAAAAACAACUAUGCUCCUUUGUUUCAGUGCACAAAUGAUAUGUGCCCUCUUAGAAUUCGCUGGAAUGUGAACUAACUACAAGGAGUAUUGGAGGGUGAAGGUCACUAUAACUAAUUUCAGUUACAAUAUGAAUUAUACACAAUGGAACUUAGUUGUCCAGUGACAACCUCACUCGUUAUUCAGCUUUCAUUACAAGUCAUUAACUCCUUAUGGAGCAACAAGUUCUCUAUCUAUCAUUAUAACUAAAGAAAGAUUGACGGAUACGGCUUAUCUCCUGGAAUUUUUACAGAUAACACUGUUAUGCUUGGGUAUGAAAUUCUACAACGAUCUGCUCAUGCAAGCUGGUUCAUUAGGAAAUGUCCGUAAGAGCUGCUAUUUUGCAAAGAUUUAUCGCCUUUUACUUUUGAGAAUGGGUGGGCUUUCUCCCACAGAGUUUAUUUCAAUGUUGAGAACUGUGUCAUGCCACUUCCUGAUUCAUAUCGGUAUAUGCUCAAGGCUGGACUGUAUGGAAGGUUUCUUCGGUAAAGCUAGUGGUGACACUGAUGCUCUCUAUGGCAUUCUUCUCUGCAGUUAUUUAGAAGCCUUCUCCAAGUGCCUAUCUCAGUAAGUUAUUUGGGUUGAUUUGCUUGCUCUACUGAGGAAACUGAUUGGGGAGUUGAAUGCCUGAGCAGUUAUGCUGACCAUUCUUAUGGAUUCUGGUAAUGCAUGUUCAAGGCAAAUAUUAAUUUCCGCUUCAUGUUUUUAAGGGCUGGUGGAAUUGGUGCCAUAAUUUACGUUUAGGAGUUCGUAUUAAAUGUUUUUUCCACUCUGGUAAAGUCAUUUUUGUUAUGUAGAUUUCAAGUUCACAGUGAUCUCAUGGUUGUAUGUAAAUAAUGACCAUCUACAAACAGAGAAGAUUUAAUUAUAUGAUAUCCUUUAGUUCUCUUGUUUUUCUGCAGUAUCACCAUGU